AUGUGGAUACUUUGGGUGUUAUUAAUUUUGACUAUAAUAAAACUUUAUAACAAACUGACAACCGGCAAAUGUUACUGUGACAACAUAAUGACAGGCAAAGUGGUGAUAGUGACAGGAGCUAGUAGAGGUUUAGGUUACGAGACCGCAUUAGAUCUAGCAAGAAGAGGUGCAAAGGUUAUUGUCACAUGUCGAGAUGAUAUCAGAGGUAAGCAAGCCGUGGAAACAAUUAUCAGUUGUACAAAAAAUAAAUUCGUAAGAUAUAUUCAACUUGAUUUAUCUUCUUUAAAAUCUGUUAGGAAAUUUGUUAAAGAAUUUAAAAGCACAGAAGCUAAAUUGGACGUAUUGAUAAAUAACGCAGGUGCUAUUUUUACUAAAAGGGAUAAAACUGAAGAUGGAUUAAUGAGAGAUAUGCAAGUCAAUUAUUUCGCUCCUUUCCUUUUAACAAUUUUAUUAAUUCCGAUAUUAAAAAAAUCGUCUCCGAGUCGUAUCGUUAUCGUGUCGUCUGCGUUGCACAAGCUUGGAGUUGUAUCAGAAAACUGGUGUGACACAGAAGGCUAUUUUCAAGCGUAUGCUAAUAGUAAGCUAUGCAAUGUUCUAUUUAGCAAUGAGCUAGCAAGAAGAUUGGAGGGUUCUGGUGUUGUGGUGAACAGUCUGAACCCUGGGCAAGUGAACACCUCGUUUUAUAGAAGUACCACAAUCUUGGAGAAGAUGAGGAGCCUCGUGUUGUAUACAUUCUUUAAGAGUCCAGAGGAAGGAGCUCAGACCUCUAUAUUCCUUGCGGUUUCAGAUGAAUGUGAUUACGUAAGUGGGAGAUAUUACGAAGACUGCAAAGAAAGUAGCGUCUCUCUUAAAGCCAAGGAUAAGGAUUUGGCAGCUAAAUUGUGGUCGAUGUCGGAAAAAUUAGUGAAAUUAUCACCCGAAGAGGUUAUCUAACCGUUAGUUACCACUGUUGAAGCACAUUGUCA